UCUUAUUUUCUUCUUUUCCUACGAGCAUUGAGAGUUGAGUGGUUUUUUGUUCGUCUUGGCGUUCAAAACCCUAGUGUCAGCACCACAUAAAUUUCUCUCUAAAAUCAUUCCCAAGAAUCCCAAAAACUCCUCUUUAAUCUUUGACUGAAGUCUAAUAAGCUGAAUUAGGGGUUUUCUCCAAUUUGUGGAUUUUCUCGUCUUCUGUGUUCAUCUGAAAAAAUAUUUCAUCACCAUGGAUGCCCAAAGAGCUCUUCUGGAUGAACUCAUGGGUUCAGCGCGUAAUUUAACGGAGGAAGAACGAAGAGGAUACAAGGAAGUUAUGUGGGAUGAUAAGGAGGUCUGCGGGUUCUAUAUGGUUCGGUUUUGCCCACACGAUCUUUUCGUAAAUACUCGGAGCGACCUAGGUCCUUGUACUAGGAUACAUGACCAGAAAUUGAAAGAAAGCUUUGAGAAGUCACCCAGGCAUGAUGCUUAUGUUCCCAAAUUCGAGGCUGAACUUGCUCAGUUCUGCGAGAAAUUGGUAAUGGACUUGGAUCGACGUGUUAGGCGUGGAAGAGAGCGUCUUGCUCAAGAGGUUGAACCUGCACCACCAACUCCAUUGUCAGCCGAGAAGUCAGAGCAAUUAUCUGUACUGGAGGAAAAAAUAAAGAAUUUAUUGGAACAGGUGGAGGCUCUUGGUGAGGCGGGUAAAGUGGAUGAAGCUGAAGCGCUGAUGAGAAAGGUUGAUUUACUUAAUACUGAGAAAACAGCCUUGACUCAACAAACCCAAAAUGAUAAGGUAUUGAUGCUCGCUCAAGAGAAAAAAAUGGCCCUUUGUGAGAUAUGUGGUUCUUUUCUUGUAGCAAAUGAUGCUGCAGAGAGAGUCCAGUCUCAUGUCACGGGUAAGCAGCAUGUUGGUUAUGGUAUGGUCAGAGAUUUCAUCUCCGAGCACAAGGAAGCAAAAGAGAAAGCAAGGGAAGAAGAAAGACUAGCUAGGGAGAAAGAGGCAGAAGAACGGAAGAAGCAGAGAGAGGAGUUUGAGAGAAGAAAGAGAGGUGACUCUAGCGAGGACAAAUAUCGUGACAGAGAGCGAGACAGGGAUCGGAAUAGGUAUCGGGAACGAGACCGCGAUCGUGAAAGGUCUAGAAGAGGUGGCCGUGAUGAAAUAAGAGGAAUGGAUUGGAGGUCUAGGAAUGGAAGAGAUGGAGGCAGGGAUAGGUAUCGUGAUCGGAGCAGGUCAAAAUCCCCCAUAAGACGUGGUCACAGGAGAUCAUCUAGGAGUCCAUUGCGGCCAUAAUUAUGAACUAUGUUAAGAGGUCUGAGCUUUGGGACUAAAUGAGGUAGAUCUCUACAUGUUCGAAGCUUAUGAAUGUAUGCUUUGGUACCUCAAGUUACUUUGUUAGUAUUGGUGAAACUUUUUUUGCUAUCUCACAGCUGUGUUGACUGUAUCAUCUCCCUUUCAUCAUUAUUAUUAGAGGAGAACAGGGUUGAGGUAGGUAUUUUUUUUUUUUUUUUGCGACUCUUCUUCAAGUAUAGUUUGACUUUUGAUUUGCACAUUUCUUUUAUAAUAGAUUCUUAUAAAAGACAGUUCAAUGUCUCUCCUACUUUUUUCAUAUUGGGUGAGCUUGCACAACUCUGGUGUUUGUCACAUGUUUAAUAGGCCAGGACAAAAUAUUUGCAUAUUCUACUGCUGAGAGGGCUGACGUUUAUUUUCUCAUUUUUGAGGUAACCUUAUACAUCUUGUCUCUUUCUUUAGACCAUGAUCAACAUUUCAUGUUAUCAACCCUGCAUUUGAGGUGUGCUUGGGUCUCAAAUGAUGUAUAUGUUUUUAGUGAGUGCUUAUUUAUUGCCCAUGUUUGUUGAUGUAUUUCUAUUAUCUGGUGUUGGAGUAUCGAAUCUAGGGAAAUGUGGGUAGUAUUAGCAUUGUGGUGGAACAUGCCUUGUUCUUUUUUUAGUAGAAAGGAAGUUUGUAUAACAUAAAUGGAGCUCGAUAAUCCCUACUAAAAGGAGGUGUAACUUUUAUUGAGUACAGUGCUUUCCUCAUCAAAAUUCUGGUUUCGUGAAAGAAGUGGGAAGAAGUAUGAGAUAGCAUCAUGAAAUGCGCAACUCUUUGUGUGAUGUUUGAAGGUACAAUUUGACUGCUAAUCUGUAAAAUAGCAUGAUCUUUAAUCCAUACAGUUUGCAGGAAGUGUAUUGGCCAAAUUUUUUGCUUGACUACCAGUGGGACAAACGUACUUGGUAAGGAACAAUUCGUGCAGGGAAUUUAUUUUGCUGAACCAUUUGAAUCCACCAAUAUGGUAAUUUUGCUGAACCAUUUGAAUGCACCAAUAUGGUCAUUUACACAAUCAUUUGAUUCGAGUCGAUAUGGGGUAUAUUUUCAAAAUCAAUGCAAUGCUCAAUUCUUUCAGAACUUUUGGAUAGAUAUAGGUUCUACAUUUGGUACUUGCUGAUGUUUUUGAAGUUAAUCCCCUUAAUUAUUUGGAACGCUGCGGUCAAGUUAACAGAGAGAUGUCACUUUCCUUCUUCUCAAGCUUUGUCUCUACUUGCUUAUCCGUCUAUCGUCAUCGUCUAAGGCCAGAUGGUUGAUUUUUUUGUUCUUAAAUAUAGAAAAUUCAGAUUGUGAGAUACUUUUAAACAAAGCAAUCUAUCAAGCUGGAUUGCCAAAGCUUGAACGUUGAUGACAUUCA